GCUUUGAGAACACGUGUGGAGGGGUUGUGUUUCGGUCACCCAGUGGACGCGAGUAAAAGACUGGGAAAGAGAGCGAACGAGAGAGAUAGAGACAGGGGGAGGUUGAGCUUGUCUCCAUUUUGGAUUUCUCUGAGCUGUGGACGGAGAGCGAAAGAGGCAAUAAAGAAGCCGUUAGCGCCUAUGUAAUCCCAGAGGCUGUUGUUCUGCGUUGUCGUGACAUUAGAAUAUUGAGAGAAACGCACAAGUCGGGAAUAUAGACCCAAAAACAAGCUCCUAAACCGGAAGCGGGUUCCUACACCUUUCUGCAUUCUCCUGGGGGCGCUUCAAGUGUGUAAUCCUGCCUGCUAAGUAGGCUAUUAUCGUCGAUCUCUCAGGUCGGUUCUCGGCUUCUGCUGAGCAAGAGGAAAGCCCUCUGGAUUUGUGAAGUAUGAAGAAAGGCCAUCUCUAGUGAAGGAAAGAUGGCGGACAAGAGAAAACUACAGGGUGAGAUUGAUCGGUGUUUGAAGAAGGUUUCAGAAGGUGUUGAGCAGUUUGAAGACAUUUGGCAAAAGCUACACAACGCAGCAAAUGCAAACCAGAAAGAAAAGUAUGAAGCGGAUUUGAAGAAGGAGAUAAAGAAACUACAGCGAUUGCGGGACCAAAUAAAGACAUGGGUAGCAUCCAAUGAGAUCAAAGACAAGAGACAACUCAUUGAAAACCGGAAACUAAUAGAAACGCAAAUGGAAAGGUUUAAGGUAGUAGAACGUGAAACAAAGACAAAAGCCUACUCUAAGGAAGGUCUUGGUUUGGCUCAGAAGGUGGACCCAGCUCAGAAGGAAAAAGAAGAAAUCGGGCAGUGGCUAACGAACACAAUUGACUCAUUGAAUAUGGGUGUCGAUCAGUUUGAAAGUGAAGUCGAAUCUUUGUCUGUACAAACACGGAAAAAAAAAGGCGACAAGGAUAAGCAGGACAGGAUCGAGGGCUUGAAGCGGCAUAUAGAGAAGCAUAGGUAUCACAUUCGAAUGCUAGAAACCAUCCUGCGAAUGUUGGAUAAUGACUCCAUCAAUGUGGACUCCAUCAGGAAGAUUAAGGAUGAUGUAGAAUACUACGUGGACUCUUCCCAAGAACCUGAUUUUGAAGAGAAUGAAUUCCUUUAUGAUGACCUUGAUUUAGAAGACAUUCCUCAAGCACUGGCAGCUACUUCCCCACCGACUCAUAGUAAUUUGGAGGACGAGAUCUUCAAUCAGUCUAGUAGUACUCCUACCUCUACCACAUCAAGCUCUCCUAUUCCACCAAGUCCUGCCAAUUGCACGACAGAAAACUCUGAAGAUGACAAGAAAAUUCGUGGCAGGUCUACAGACAGUGAAGUUAGUCAGUCACCAGCAAAGAACGGAUCUAAAAGUACCCAUAACAACCAUCAUCCACAGUCCCCUGCAGUGACUCCAAGUUACCAAAUAGGAAGUAGUUCCAGCACAUUGUCUUCUUUGGGAAAUGGACCAGCUACAAACAGCAAUGGGACAGUAUCAAAUAGCAGCGGUACAAGCAGUAACAGCAGCACCAACAGCAAAAACAACCCUCCCAGCGGACACACGUCUGGUACACCCACUCCAUAUGCACAGGCAGUGGCUCCUCCCCCAUCUAAUUCAAAUGCAUCCCAGCCUAGGCCUUCCAAUGCCCAGCAGAACACAAGCAAACAAAAUGGAGCAACAAGUUACAGCUCUGUAGUAGCAGAAAACUCCACAGAUGUUGCACUUGGUAAUAUCAGUCAAUCACAAUCAAGCCAGUCUGUGAUUCACAACCCGCCAACAAGCACUGCGAAAGAGACAAACAGUGUCCUCCAACCAUCCAGCAACAGCAGUAAUACAAGCACUGGACCUAGUUUACUAUUACCCUUAAGCGUAAACUCUCCAAGUUCACCAACACCAAGUUUCGGUGACCCUAAACCCAGCCAGCCACUACUUAACGGUCCAUCUCAGUUUAGUUCUACACCAGAGAUAAAGGCACCUGAGCCCUUAAGUACACUGAAAUCUAUGGCUGAAAGAGCAGCUAUUGCAACAAAUUUAGAAGAUCCAGUGCCUGCUAUCCAUCUGGCCGAGCGAGAAAUCAUCCUCAAUACAACUACAACACAGCCACCUUCCAGCCAACCCUCAACACAGCUUACAGAAGUGAACAUCCCUCUUUCACUAGGUGUGUGUCCCUUGGGCCCUGUCCCACUCACCACAGAUCAGCUUUACCAACAAGCAAUGCAAGAAGCUGCAUGGCAUCACAUGCCACACCCAUCUGAUUCAGAAAGAAUACGGCAGUACCUCCCACGGAAUCCAUGUCCAACGCCUCAGUAUCACCAUCAGAUGCCUCCACCUCAUUCAGACACAGUGGAAUUCUACCAGAGACUUUCUACAGAAACUCUUUUCUUUAUCUUCUAUUACCUGGAGGGCACUAAAGCACAGUAUUUAGCUGCUAAAGCAUUGAAGAAACAGUCUUGGAGGUUUCAUACCAAAUACAUGAUGUGGUUUCAAAGGCACGAGGAGCCUAAGACAAUAACUGAUGAAUUUGAGCAGGGGACAUACAUCUACUUUGAUUAUGAAAAAUGGGGCCAACGGAAGAAGGAAGGUUUCACCUUUGAGUAUCGUUAUCUGGAAGACCGUGAUUUACAGUGACCUUUUCUUCAUCACACCUAGCCUUCCAGUUUCACAGAGGCAAACUGCAAAAUUGGGAAUAAUGAGGGGAGGGACCGAAGACGUCUCUUCAGUUUUAUUCCCAUCAAGAGUUGAGAGGAGAGAAAAUCUGGACAAACACUUACGUGCAUGCAGUUAAAAAAAAAUCCAAUAAGUGGAGUAAGAUUGUGUGUGGAGGUGACAAAGGAUAAAAACAUGAUACAGCCAGCAUCCCAUAACAUCCUGUUUACUCUUCAGUAGGCUUAAAGGACAAUGAAUGGCAGCGUCAAUUUUUUAAUGUAAUUAGUUUAAAAUGGGAAAAAAAUGAACAAAGUGCAUAUAAAAGUCUUUGUAAGAAGAAGAAAAAGCUAUCCUUCCCUCGUGGUUAUUUCUGAAGGUGGGAAUAUCUGGUCUCUACCCUGUGGGGUUCUACUGGCUGGCAUUUGCACCCUUUUCCUCAAAACAAAAAUGUUUUGAGUUCAAUAAUUUUGUCCUUUUUGGCAGAUACUGUAUCUUUUUGUUUUGAUAACAAAGUGCAUAAAGAAUUAAAGUGUUUUUAUUUUUUCCCUCUCCCCCUUCCCCCCCCCCCCCCCCCCCCCCCAUUUCAAUCACUUAUACCUUUCAUCUUCGAUACACUUAUCUGUACCGAAUGAAUUAAUGGUAUGGAAAGCUGGUUUAAAAUAUUUUUCGUAACCUAUUUUCAUUUUGGAAAAUAUUUAUGAAUAAAUAGUUUUAUAUGAUGUCUUCUCAUGCAAGAAUA